GGCUGAGGCAACACCUCGAUCUUCUUGUCUGUCUUUACACUUUGUUGUGAAUUAUUUGCGUUAAAAGAAGAAAAUUUGGAAUCGCUGAGACCCUGCAACAGAAAAAGUAAAAACCUGUUUACAUUUUGGAAAUAUUAUAUGUGUCUGUGAAAAUAGCACGCGUGUUGUUUACAUUGUUUUUCUAUUAUUAUUGUGUACCCCGGAUCGAUUUUAAAACGCUGUAUGAAAACGAACAGUACCCAAUACAUCAAAGCAAUCACCUUGAGAGAAAAAUCAAUAAACACUAGAAUGAGGGUAGUAUUCCUGACACUGUUAUCAGUGGCCUGUCAAGCUGUGGCGACUUUUCCACGGUCGCCUAACCUCGAUCCGCUGGAGAGGCGGUUGGAACACGCCCGCAAGCUGCUGAGGGAGGCGCCUCUCGUUGAUGGCCACAACGACCUCCCAGUAAGCCUCCGGAAUCUGCUGGAGAACCGCCUGCAGGAUUUCCCUUUCGACAGGAACCUUUCAGCGAUCGAGCCCUUCGCCUCCGACUCCCGCUGGACCGACCUGGUCAAACUCAGGGCUGGCGGCGUCGGAGGCCAGUUCUGGUCGCUCUAUACUCCCUGUCGGAGUCAGUUUAAGAAUGCCGUCUCACUGGUGCUGGAGCAAGCUGACGUCGUGACAAGACUAGUGGAAAGGUACCCCGAACACCUGCAGCUGGUUACUACUGCUGAUGGCAUCCUGUCGGCGCAUGCGCAGGGCAAGAUCGCCUCUCUGCUGGGCGUGGAGGGCGGCCACAACAUCGACUCCUCCUUGGCGGUGCUGAGGAUUCUGUACCGCGUGGGCGUCCGCUACAUGACCCUCACCCACACUUGCAACACGCCCUGGGCAGUUUCGUCGAGCGCGGCGUCGGCGGCAGAGGGCAGGCGAGCGGCGGAGUCAGGAGGCCUGAGUCCCUUCGGAGAGAUCGUCGUGAAGGAGAUGAACCGUCUGGGGAUGCUGGUGGACCUCUCCCACGUCGCGCCCGCCACCAUGCGCGACGCCCUUCGUGUCACCCGCGCGCCCGUCAUCUUCUCCCACUCCUCCGCCCGCGCCCUCUGCAACGACUCCAGGAACGUCCCCGAUGAUGUUCUCCUGAAGGUGCGAGACAACGGGGGCCUCGUCAUGGUGACCUUCGUGGCUCGAUUCCUGUCGUGCGGUCCGACGGCGACGCUUCAGGACGUCUUGGACCACAUCAACCACAUCCGAGACGUGGCCGGGGUGGACCACAUCGGCCUGGGGGGAGACUACAACGGAACCCCUGUACUGCCUGAAGGACUCGAGGACACCAGCAAGUACCCUUACCUCUUCGCCGAACUGCUGAAGGAUUCCCGCUGGGCUGAGGAGGAUCUGAAGAAGCUGGCGGGACUGAACUUGGUCAGGGUGUUCCGACAGGUGGAGCAGGUGAGGGACCAGCUGGCAGCGGAGAGCCCGUGGGAGGAUCGUCUCGCCGGAGAGAUCGCGGCGGAACACGAGACCUGCGCGCCGCCUUUCCGGAAGGGACGCUGAACCCUUCUUGUUUGGAGUUUCCUCCGCUGGCUGCUAAGUUCCGAUUCCAAUGAUUUUGGCGUUCUUGAUCUUGUGUAUUACUUAAUAUAUUUGGAUAAAUUUGA